AUGGGCGCCAAAGCAGGUCUCGCACUCAAAGUAGUUCAAUGGUUCAUCCGAGGCGUGCAAUUCGGUUGCAGCGCUCUUAUCCUCGCACUUUUCUCGUACUUCCUCGCGGUGCUUGCUAACCGUAAUUUGCCCAUACCAACAUGGACACGUGCCGUUGAGGGUAUUUCGGGUAUCGGUGUACUAUAUACUAUUCUCGGACUUCUGCUCUUAUGUUGUCUGGCUGGUCACCCAUUCACCUCUUUCAUCGCCAUUGUGCUGGAUAUCUGCUUCAUCGGGUCCUAUAUCUAUGUUGCUACUGCUACUCGUGCCGGAGCCAGCAGUUGCACCGGCACGGUCGAUACGCUUUUUGGCACCGGUCGUGCUGAGGACUUGAUCGACAAUCAGCACCCUACUUAUAAACAAGUUUGUCAGAUGGAAACUGCUUGUCUAGCCGUCUCGAUUGUAGCAGUUGUCUUCUUCGUCUUCUCUGCUCUUCUUGAGGUUGUCCUCGUCCGCCACCGACGCAAGGAACAGCGAUUUGGCCCUAGUCCUGCCAACAACUACACGUCGGGCUACGGCGGGCGGAGAGGCAUAUUCGGACUAUUCCGCCGAAAGAAGACUGUAGAUAGCCCAAACCCUAACAUCUUGCCUGAGCACACCCACCCAGACCAGAUGCGUCAGAGUUAUAACACCGAGGCUACGGCUGUCGGUCAUGAAAAUGGGGUGCACAAUAACAAAUACCAGUACGACGGUCAAGUCGCAUACCCCGAGACCGGCACUGCGACGGCGCAUACUACACCGGCUGGUUACCGCUACUAA